UCUAGGAAGGUUGUAGCGCUCAUCGCUGUAAACGCUAUCCCUGGAACUGAUCUCCUUUAGAGAGCGUGAUAAAUAUCCUGUACCAAAAUCAAAUUAUUUAACAGCACCGCUGUAAAUAUUUUUGCUCUAUUUUACUGCAAUAGUGUAUAAGCUCGUCAAUGUUUGAACUUUAUUGCGAGUUAACCGGAGCCGAAUGACCACGGCCAAGGCUAGUCAGGCUGCCGUUAGAUCUCGAAAGUCGAAACGUUCCAGCCUCCGCAAAAGUUUCUUGCUCGCUAGGAUUUCAGUUCCACUAAAGUAAAAUCAAAAUUUAAAAGCGAAUUGAUUAUAGGUUCCAUAAAUUUCGUGAUUUAAAUUACUCUUCGAUCACUUACGUAAUACAACUGUUAAUCUUUAUCCGAUAAAAAUCAAGUUUGAGUGCUUCUUGGAUACUAUGAUACUUGAUAGUGAGUGAAAAUCCCAUGUGAUGUUCGCACUGCAGUAUGGCUGAGAGUCGAUGGCCGCAUUCUAUAUAUAGUUACUCGGCGAACUUUAUGGUGAUUGGCAUUAGACAAGCACGAUCGCGUGCAGCGGCGGCAGCUUGAGGCCGGCAACCUCGGCGGCGACAUGAAGCAAACGCGCGUCGUGCACAUCGAGUUGCUGGUGGUACUGGUGCUGGUGCUGGUGCCCUGGCCGGGGUCGCUGCCCCCUCGCUCCCCGUGCCCCAGGGAGAAGGCUGCCCUCGUCAGGAAAGUUCUCGAGAAGCGCUGGCUGCCGGUGCUGGAGCGCGUCAGGUCUCGUCUGCCGCUGGAGUGUCCCCUGCACCCGCUGCGCGACGUCUUCGCCGCGCAUGAAGCGCACAAGCGACAACGCAACGCGCAGUGGCAGUGCGCGUGUUGCGGUAAAACUUUCCGUAGUGAAGCGCAUCUUGACCUGCACCUUGCCACGCGGCACCACGACAUGAUCAAUGAGCAAGAAGACAGCGUAUGUCUGGCCGACUACUGUGACGUGAUGAGAUGUGAUGUGCUGCUCAGCAAGACCUCCUCCAUGGAGCUGCCGCCCCCCACCGCCCUCGAUGUCUGGACCCAACACGCCCUAGCCCUGCCUUCCCUUCUCACAUGCGAUCACGCAGACGACGCGGGUGGGGCCAACAUGGACGGGGAUGAAGGCCCGGGCCCCGAGGGGGAUGACGGGGACACGGGGGGCCCCAUACGGGGCCUGGGGGGGCCCCGCGAGGCGCCCCUGCGCCCCCUGCACUCGUGGCGGGACUCUUGUAACGAGGAACAUUUGGCCGAGCUGCGGGCCAAGUGUCAGAUGCUGAUCCAGCACUGCAUUGCUGGACUCGUCCUCAACCUCACUCUGGAUCAGGUCCGGGACGUCGAGGCGUCGCUGCAGCGGAGCGUGUGUUGGUACCUGACGUGUGAGCGGUACUGGGAGGCUGCCACCGUGGACCACUUGGCCUUCCCCUGGAGCCUCGUGACCUCCGCCGUGCUGCUCCUCACGCUGGGCGUGUCCCUGGCCUACUACCUCGUCUGGGGCCUCGCAGACAAGACCUCCUCCAUGGAGCUGCCGCCCCCCACCGCCCUCGAUGUCUGGACCCAACACGCCCUAGCCCUGCCCUACCACCGCCCCUACCAUG